GCCACUAAAUGGACCACUAAAGCGCCCAUUUUCAUGAGCACCUCUCGCUGAGGCAGCUCAGAGCCGGCAGAGGCCGAAAGAGGAAGAGGGGGAGAGAAGGAGGAGGGAGCGAGCCCCGGCACUGAUGGACGAGCCAAAGGUCACAGGCACCAAACCAAAGAUGUCCUGGACAAGAAAGAUUCUACUUAUCCUGGGAUUCCUCUCUACUUUGGCUGUAAUUGCUUUAAUUGCUGUAGCGGUGACCCAAAACAAGCCACUUCCGAAGAAUAUAAAGUAUGGGAUUGUGCUGGAUGCGGGGUCGUCUCACACUAACCUGUACGUGUACAAGUGGCCAGCAGAGAAGGAGAACGACACUGGGGUGGUGCAGCAGGUGGAGGAGUGUAAAGUCGAAGGCCCUGGGAUCUCAGGUUACUCCCAUGCCACAGAGAAGGCAGGUCCCUCUCUGGCACAGUGCCUACGACAAGCAGAAGAGGUGAUUCCCUCAAAGCAGCACCAAGAGACACCCGUCUACCUCGGAGCAACUGCUGGCAUGCGACUUCUCAGCUUGCAGAACAAAAGUGCAGCUGACAGAGUCUUGUCCUCAGUAGAGAAGACGCUACGCUCAGCUCCCUUCAACUUCCAGGGUGCCAGAAUCAUCAGUGGUCAGGAAGAAGGAGCCUAUGGAUGGAUCACCAUUAACUACCUGUUAGGCAAUUUCAAGCAGUCUGGCUGGACAAAACUUCUACAUUCUCUGAAAUCCAUAAGUGAGACAUCAGGAGCAUUAGACCUUGGAGGAGCCUCAACACAGAUCACCUUUGUACCAAAUGAACUCUCUUCUGAAUCCCCAGAGAACCUGCUCUACUUCCGUCUCUAUGGCAAGGUUUACCUAGUGUACACGCACAGCUUUCUCUGCUAUGGGAAGGACCAGGCUCUGCAACAGAAACUGGCCAGAGACCUACAGACCGUGGAGAACAGCAGCCUCCUUGAUCCAUGCUUUCACCAGGGGUAUCAGAGGACUAUAAAUAUAAGUGACCUCUUCAAAAACCCUUGUAUAUCACCCAGGACAAAACAGUUCCCUUUCAGCCAGCUGUACAUAGAGGGAGAGGGGGAUUAUCAAAAGUGCCGAAGAAGCAUCCAAGAACUCUUUAACAAAACCAAUUGUCCUUACUCCAGUUGCUCCUUCAAUGGGAUAUACCUACCUCCAUUACAAGGGGAUUUUGGGGCUUUUUCUGCUUUCUACUUUGUGAUGAACUUUUUGAACCUGACCAGUGAACAAAGCCCCAUUGCCCUGGACAAAGUGACCAGUGUCAUUGAGAGCUUCUGCGCCCGGCCUUGGCAUAAGGUGAAGACAGCAUAUCACCAAAUAAAAGAAAAGUACCUGAGUGAAUAUUGCUUCUCUGGAGCCUACAUACUCUCUCUCCUGGAAAAUGGCUACGAAUUCACUGAAAAGAACUGGCAAAGGAUCCACUUCCUUGGAAAGAUUGGCAGCAGUGAUGCAGGCUGGACUCUGGGCUACAUGCUGAACCUGACCAACAUGAUCCCCGCAGAGGAGCCUGCUGUGCCACCUCUUUCCCAUGGCAGCUACGUGGGACUGAUGGUGCUAUGCUCCCUUGUGCUGGUCUCUGUGCUCCUGUUUGCCUGGCUUCUCUACCACAAGCCCAAGUGCCUGCAGAAGGGUAUUGUUUAGAAAGGGCCUUGAGGGGAGAGGGGCCAUGUCACCUUGGCUGCUCAGGGCUAGGAGACCCGGGCAGAGCAGACUGUACUUCAGAGCCUCUCUCACCUCUCACCGAAGCUACUGACUGUCUACAACAAGGGCAUUUAUUUCUUCUGACUCUCACUUGCACUGACAAGACAUUGGGCCAUCAGGCUCACCACCUUUCUCUGCCAAGGACAGACAAGUGGAUGUCCCCUCCUUGAAUGGGUCGUACUUUCAUUCAAUGAAACUUUGCUGCUUGUUGGGUUUUGCCUUGUGCACAGCAUUAUAAAGAGAAAAGUGGCAGCAAUCUUUGGGAGCUGGUGCUCCUGCAAGGGUAAUCUCAGGGUCACACAUCCCACUGAGCUCUUAGGAGCAAUCACACACAGAGUGAUCUUGCUCCUCCACUGAAGCCGUUCCCGAGAGCCGUUCCCACACCAGCACACCUCUGCUCACCUCCCCGUGCCCUGAGCCUGCACUCGGCUGCCAUCUGCACCCAGCUGCCCCCCAAGGCUGGCCAGCCUCCCAAAUGCCUCUCUGGGAAAACAAGGGAUGAGGAUGAAGAAACUGAGUGUGCUGGUGGACCUCAGCCCUUAGAUGGGCAAGGGUGGCAAGAAGCCUCUUUCCCACGUCUUCCUGAUGUUGUUGCUGGACCAAAGCUGGCUCACUGUUACACUGAGCCAUUCCCAUGUCCCUAGGGUACAUCAAGACAUGAGUUCCCAGCCAGGCAUUGCUGAUUUUUGUAGGAACAGCUCAUACUAGCCAAGGACCCUUGACCAGUAGCGAGUGCUUAUGCCCACAGGGAAUCUGAUGUGAUCGGCGUUCCUACAGGUGUAAACCCACUAAAGCAAUCCAUUGUCACUGUGCUGAUGAUACAGCAGCCCUCUGAUCUAGGGAAAGUAUUAGGUCAUGUUCCUCUAGAAAUAGACAGCUAACAGCAGAUAAUCAGAAGGAGCAAGCACAGAUUGAACCACCCUUUCCACCAGCAAAAUCACAAUUUGCAUUCCCUUCCCUCAUGGCUUAGGCUUGUCCCAUGACCACAGGACCCAGGGCUUGUGAGUACACAUACUGCAGAUCAUCUAGCACACAACCAGGGCAAUGCCACCAAUCAGGUUUAUGAAUCGCUUUCUUCCCUUUUUCAUUCCUUGGUCCAAAAAAGUAAGAGAGGUAAGUCAGCAAUCAAUUUUUAUAAAACCGCUUGGAAACCACUGGUGCCUGUCUACCUCCCACAAAAUCUUGGAAAUCUCUUCUCCUAAUGACCUGUAAGUGCUGGAGGCCAAAAGAAAGCAGUGGAAAGGCAUGGCAAACAAACCUUCACCUGUUUCCCUGAGCAAAGCCAUUGAAGGCAUGGAGGGGAUCAGGAUGUGCAACCCCAGGAAAGCCUUCUCCUUUAGGCAAGCGCACAGACACAGAGCUUGGGGUUUUCAAGCUCUCCCAGCCUGUCCCAUCUGCACAGUGAAGGCUGGAAAAUGCCCCCUCCCCCAGUUGUUUCUGCUUCAUGCCUGGAAGCAGGAGCCAUAACAUGUUGAAGGAACUAAAGGUAAGGGAAAAAUCUACCCUGUCUUAUAGUAGGAUCUUUGGGCAGUUCAUUCUUCUUCAAAAAUGCGACCUGAUCUAGGUUGACCUGCUUCUGCAGGGGAGUUGGACUAGAUGAUCUCUAAAGGUCCCAUCCAACCCCAUCAUUCUAUGAUUCUAUGAAAAAUCUGUGUGAAAAAACUUAUUCUUGCUCUGAAUUAGCUGGCUUCAGCUUCUAUUGGAUCUCAUUCUGCCCAUUUAGAAAAACUGAGCAACUCUGCUAUCAAAAUCCCUUUUUCCUUGUUGGUGCUUGCAAGUCGUCAUUGUAUUAUAUUAAAUGGCUUGAUCUUUAA